ACCCUGGGAGUCGUAGUCUUCCGCCCCUGGGAUCCAAAGGCAACCUCGGCGUGUGAACUCUGUUACCCAGAAGGCCUCGCACGGCCGCGGCCGAGACUGGGAUUCCCGUUUAACCUUUUCGCCUGCAAUUGGCGGAAUCUGUUGGUGUGGCCCGCAAGGGUCAGCGGGGCUGCACGAGGCUACUUACUAAGCAAGGGCGACUGUGGUCAACUGCCACCUGGGCCACGGCGACAGGAAUUCUUAGAUUUGUUGCUACCCCAAGGUCCCCGCCAUGCCUCACAUCGAUAGUGACAUCAAACUGGAUUUCAAGGAUGUCUUGUUGAGGCCCAAACGCAGUACCCUUAAGUCUCGAAAUGAGGUGGAUCUCACAAGAUCCUUUUCAUUUCGGAACUCAAAGCAGAUGUACACUGGGAUCCCCAUCAUUGCUGCCAAUAUGGAUACUGUGGGCACCUUUGAGAUGGCCAAGGUUCUGUGUAAGUUCUCCCUCUUCACAGCUGUCCAUAAACACUACAGCCUCCAGCAGUGGAAAGAGUUUGCUAGCCAGAAUCCGGAGUGUCUUGAGCAUUUGGCUGCCAGCUCAGGCACCGGCUCUUCAGACUUUGAACAGCUGGAACAGAUCCUGGAAGCUAUUCCCCAGGUGAAAUAUAUAUGCCUGGAUGUGGCAAAUGGCUACUCGGAACACUUCGUUGAGUUUGUAAAGGAUGUGCGGAAGCGCUUCCCCAAACACACCAUUAUGGCUGGGAAUGUGGUAACAGGAGAGAUGGUGGAGGAGCUGAUCCUGUCUGGGGCUGACAUCAUCAAAGUGGGCAUUGGACCAGGUGAGCGGCUUCAUUGGGGCCAAGGGCUACCUCUCCAGUGGCAAACGCCUGUGGAGCACAGCACUGUUCUCAUUACGCUCUUCUCAGGCUCUGUGUGCACCACCCGGAAGAAAACUGGAGUGGGGUACCCACAGCUCAGUGCAGUGAUGGAGUGUGCAGAUGCUGCCCAUGGCCUCAAAGGCCACAUCAUCUCGGAUGGAGGCUGCAGCUGUCCUGGGGAUGUGGCCAAGGCUUUUGGGGCAGGAGCUGACUUUGUGAUGCUGGGUGGCAUGCUGGCUGGGCACAGUGAGUCAGGUGGUGAGCUCAUCGAGAGGGAUGGCAGGAAGUACAAGCUCUUCUAUGGGAUGAGCUCUGAGAUGGCCAUGAAGAAGUAUGCCGGGGGCGUGGCUGAGUACAGGGCCUCAGAGGGAAAGACGGUGGAGGUGCCCUUUAAAGGGGAUGUGGAGCACACCAUCCGGGACAUCCUUGGAGGAAUCCGCUCCACGUGUACCUACGUGGGAGCAGCUAAACUGAAGGAGUUGAGCCGGAGAACCACCUUCAUCCGGGUCACCCAGCAGGUGAAUCCAAUCUUCAGUGAUGAGAGCUCGACCUGAGCAGCGGUGCCCUCUCAAGGCACUAGCAGCCGAGCACAGGGCCUCCCAAGUGGGCUCCUCACCCAUCUCGGCUACUGUGGCCACGUCUGACUCAGUCAUUUCCUGUUGCCUCACUCCUGAGGGCUCCUGCAGUAACUCUGUACUCUGUAUACACAAAAUGCCCAGGGCACUCACUGGGGAGGAAGCAAGGCAGGCAGGCUGAGGAAAUGAAGUAAGACAGUCAAAUGUGAAUCUGGGGACCCAGCAUCCUGGAGAUUAUUUAAAAGGAAAAGAUGCUGAUUCCUACCUAAGUGUGUAAUGGCCUUGGUCUGGAAGGGUUCAGGCGCUUGAAAUCAUGUUUUCUUAAUGAGCUUCAUUAAAUAGGAUCUUUGAAUCCCUAAAAAGCCCAAAAGUGUUGACAUAUUUUAAAUAUCUCAAUAAAGAGAUCCCAAUGACUUUGAA